GAGGAUGGACGCGGGUGGGCAGCUGGGGCGGGGUCCCCGGAGCAGCUGCCCCGGACACCUUGCCGCCCCUGGCCCCGGGCUGGUGAGGGCACUGUCACACUCGGAUCAGGGUUAGGCACGGCAGGUGGUGCUGGCGGUGGCUUCGGAGUUUCUCUUUCCUCCUCUGGCUGGGAGUCAGUCGGGCCACUGGAACGCCGGCUCUGCUGUAGCCAGAGGUGCGAGCACCGUGGGCGAGUACAGCCCGGACUCCGGGCUCCGGCCAGCGCCCAGGGACUCGAGAGUGACCUAGGGGUUCCGAGGAGGCUUCUGUCAAAAGGAGAGUCCCAGGGGGUUCCGCUUGGCCGGGCUGCACACACACCCCCACCACCCGGGCCCGCCCUUGGCAAGUAGUUGUGAUUCUUUAAAACAGUCCCAGCUGCUUCCUAUUCUCGCGAGUCCGAAAGUAGCGUGUUUGUGACAGACAAUUUUUCUUUUUGGGGUUCACCUGGGCCGGAAAGAAUGACAUUUUAAAAGAGCUUGGUGUUUGGAGAAAUCCUAACACUUUUUUCAUCUCAUGAAGAAUACUGGUUACGCUAACAGACAGGAAACCUAUGCAAUGUGUAGUCAACCGCCCACCCCACCUCCUGUCUGUCCUCCAAAAGGGGAAAUAGAUGGGAAAGUUUCCCAAGCCAGUCAGCAGCGGCACCGGGCCCUUAAAUCUCCUUCUGAAGUCUUUGGUUAAUAAAUGAGGAAGCUUCUCUCAGAGUUUUAAGUAAUUCCACACGGGAAAAUAAGGAAGAAAACAAGUCCCACGGAUUGCUCCCUGUUCCCCAAGGCACUCCUCCACCCAGGGCGCGGUCCUGAACACAGCACGGGUAAAUUAAACCAGAAUCGUCCCCAGUGGGAAAACAAGAUUUAAGACCUACCCCCUGUUUAUCUGACCACAGAAUCCUUUAACUGAAAACUGCAGCACGGAGCACACAAGUGAAAGUGUGCUGAUUUGAAUCCCUUUUCUUGAGCAAGUAAGCAAGAGUGGAGAAGGCCAAGCAGCCCCUCCUGGGCUUCCACCUUCUAAAACAAGUAUAGAACUGAUGCUGUCUGCACUUCCAGUUCUGAAUCCACUGUACAGCCCCUUGUCAUCCUGACUGCCUUCUGCUACUACUUCUUCAGAACCAACCAGCCACCUGUACCCCUGUCCCCCAUCCUCAGUUAGCUGUCUCCCAGAUGGCUUUAUAUCCCACCUCCUGGUCCCUCCAGGUCCCCGUUGUGCCUCCCUGUCUGUGAUGACAUACCCUGUUGUAAUUAGUUGAUCACUCCCCUAUCUCCCCUACUAGACACUUAGCUCCAUGAGGAUCUGUAUUUUUCACAUCCCACUCUAUACCUUUAGGGACUGCAUAUCCAUAGUACAGCAAAAGGAAAUGUUGAGUAACUUUUAUUGUCUGUAAAUGUUCCAGUCCACUGCAAAAGGUAUGGGGUUGUUUUGAGCUCCUGAGGCAGCUGGCCCAGGCCCAAGGAUGAUAGAAGAAACCCAGUUAAGGAAACUCCCUGAGUGAUUAAUUAGCCUUUGGAGGCAUUCCAUUCAUACCAGCUGCUUUACCAACUGGAUUCAGAAAAAGGGUCAUGGGCAAGACUGUUCACCUGGCAGAGAUGGUGUCAGACUUCUCCUGAAGUCAAAUGAGUUUAACGCAAAUACAAAUGAAGUUUCACAGGAUUACUUCUAUCUGUGCAUUUUUGCAUGUUACUCUUUUCUGAACAUUUUGCCAUGUUAACAGAUACACUUUUUGAAAUUCUGACAGGAGAUAUCUCUGGAUAGUAGAUCUCAAAAUGACUUUUAGCUUCUAUUUGGUACUAUUUCAGCUUUUUGUAUUGAACAAGUACCACUUCAUAUCAGGGGGAUUAAAAAGCUACCUUUAUUUUUAAAUUAUUUGACAUGAUUUUAAAGUAACUGCUAAGAUUUCUGUUUGGAAGCUAUCACAUAAUUUACCUAACCAGAUCCUGCUAAGCAUCGGGAGAGUAUCAUGGUUCAGAUGAACCAUGAGGCCCACAGACACCUGCCCCAGAAACAGCCUGAGUGCUUAUAGAGUGAAUUUAGGUUUGAGAACCAGCACAGGCUUUCCAGAAGGAUCUAUGGCUCUGGUGCCUGACCUCUGAAUGACCUUGGGAGGUAAGUGGGCCUUUCUGUGCCUUCCUUGUCAAUUUAAAGGAGUUAGCAAUAGUAAGUGAUUUCAGAGAGGUCAGGGGGGUGACACAGAGGAUGAAAGGUGACCGUGCAGGUCCAUGCAGGCCAUCAGAAUUCACACAACUGCGUGGCCCGUCUGUUCCAUCAUAGGAUUUUACAUUCCUUCUCUGUCCUGCAGAUCGAGAGAGCUCAGCGCCUGUGUAGGCACAGACAGGGUUGGUGACAAGUCAGACUUCUUUCAAAUCUGAAAAGCAUGUUUGCUGAGUAGAAAAGUCAGCUGUUUCCAGGUCUCUAGCAGACUCAAAGCUGCAAUGUCAGAUCUGAACACAAGGACUGAGACAUGCAUGGAUAACAGCAGAGGGAGUGUUAAACAUUAUUUUGCCCAAAUACAGUUUUUCCCAAACUGAACCACAGAAUCCAUUUUUCAGAGCAUCUUUUAACAUCCUGGGGUUUUCAUGGAAUCCUUUUGAGAAACACCCACCUCCUCAAAUUCUACAGGUAUGGGAAAGAGGUCAACUUGACCAUAUCACUUUAUGUGGAUGGUUUUACAGUAUUUUUUCCCAACUUCCCUCAGGAGGUAUAAAGGCCUGAGAGAGACCUUGAUGAGCAGAUCUGGUUUGUUCUAAAUUCUAGACUCAGUCUACUAUUUUUUACUAUCUCCUUUGAUUUUCGAUUUUGAGAGAGGAAGAAGUGGACAGGGCUAGAACAUGUAUGGCUUAUGGUUUAGACGAUUGCCUGUGAACAGAAGCUUCUGACUCUGGUGUCCAAGAGGCCAUGGAAUAUCCACAUGGCGCAGCUUCCAAACAAAAUGGCAGCUCUUCUAGUGUAUCUGUCCUGCCCACCCACUGAAGAUUGCCUCAGCCCGAAGUUCCUUUCUCUGAGUUGAGAAGAGAUUGCCCCCACAACUUUCCUUAACGCCCAUACUGUCUUACAGGUCCUCCCUGGUUGAACACAUAUUGAGAGCAGCUAAGCUCCUUAUGAAGUCAUGGGCAGAUCCCUUUCCCUGUCUGGACUCCCCAUCCCCAUCUAUGAAUGAGAGAGGGUGGAGGGGGUAGGAGUUGGGCCAGAUCAGUGUUUUUCAAUCUGAGUUUCACCAAAGUUCAGGCCUGUUUCCUCCUCUCUUCACUUAGAUCCCAGUGUUUCAUAAUGGGGUGAUAAGGAAUAUUCUAUUUGUCCAUGUUUUCUUGCAAAAAAGCCGAAAGUCAGGGGACCAACAUUUUUCUGAGACAACUCUAGCUCUGACACACCAGGAUUUUAAUAUUUGGCCACUUUCAUAGAAAGCAAAGACUUCAACUAACUGAUCCCAGUGGAGCUAGGGUCUCUUUGGCCUUGGUGUCUACAGACUAGUUUCUGCUGGCCAGGUAGCCUUACCAGGUGACAAGAGGGGAUUUCUCUUCCCUGGAUGGGUGAACUGAGCCACCUGACCUCGGUCUUGCCCAACACAGUCCUUAGCCUGUCAGGGUAUUUAAUAUUGCCAUCCUGCUCCUAUCUUGCCCUCUUUUUUUCUUUUUGGAGACUGGGAGACUGACUCAUGUUUACCUUGGAGGGCAUGGGUCUUGGAAUCCAGCUAACCUCAGAUUUGAAUUCCAGUUCUGCCAACAUUAGCUUUGUGACAUCUUGCAAAUUACUUAACUUCUCUGAGCCUGGCAUCCCCCAUUUUUCUUCCUAUAAAAUGGGCUUCAUUGUCCCUGUCACACCAAGGACUCUUGUACCAUUGUGGUAAGGUAAUGUAUAAAAAUCCCUUGAUGCCACCCUGAGCGCAGCACUCUUUUGGAACGGGCAUGCAAACAGGCACUGCAUGACCAUUCCUUUUACCUUCAGUCUUUCCUGGAAGGCCAUGAACUCAUACAGGGCAGAGACAUUAAUCCUUCUUAAUGCUGAGCACAGGACUGGACUCAGCCAGUGUUGAGUGAAUAAGUGGAUAGAUGUGUACAGAUCGAAGACAGCUGCCUUUGGGCCCCUCCAGACAUACUCAUCUACCUGGAUUCACCAGGACAAAAAGGACUCUGUGCUCCCUCGGGGAGGCUGCCCGGGAGCUGAGCAGAAGGGCUAGGAUGGAGAUGCAUUUCAUUUUCUCAGAUAAGGUCAUGCUCCUGUUUGAUUUCUGGAGUGUUCACAGUCCUGCAGGCAUGGCCCUCUCGGUGUUGGUAGUCCUGCUCUUGGCUGUAUUGUAUGAAGGUAUCAAGGUUGGCAAAGCCAAGCUCCUCUACCACACUCUGUCGAGCCUGCGUACCCCCACCAGCCAGGAGCACAUCUUGGAGAGAGAGCGGGAUUCUGUGGAUUCAGACUCACUCUUGGCCAGCAGAACCACCCCCAGGUGGCUUCUGUGUCAUUUUGGCCAGUCUCUAGUCCAUGUCAUUCAAGUGAUCAUUGGCUACUUCAUGAUGUUGGCUGUGAUGUCCUACAAUGCUUGGAUUUUCCUUGGUGUGGUCUUGGGCUCAGCUGUGGGCUACUACCUAAUGUACCCGCUUCUUGGCAAGGUUUAGCUGGCAGAUGAUGAGCAGGCCUGAAGGGCUGGAGCGGGGCCAGAGUCCCCUCUUCCAGACAUCAUACUUCCAGCUGCUUUUUCUCCUGGUGGUUGUUCCUUGCCUGCCCAGCUCCCAGCAACUUUGGGCAAAAGCCAGCACUCGCCCCCUGGAGUUCGGAGGGCACUGCCCAGCUGACAGGCCCGGGCUUAGCGUGGUACCUUAAGAAGGCUGCUGUGACUAGGGGACAGAUGGAGCAGCUAGAGCCUGUGACAGAUGACAGUGCUGUGACGCAGACUUUCCCAAAGAUCCUCAGGACAGGGAGAUGGGCUUGGGUGACCAUGGCUGUGAAACCUGGACCUGCUGUGUGCCUUAUCUCCAGGAGCAUCUUCGGCUGAGCUGUCCGUGGGGGACAGAGACCAUGCUAGCUCCUUUUUCUCACCUUUCUGCCUUUGAACACAUGAAGACUGUCUCUUCAGUGGAUGUGGACCAAGAUUUUUCAUUUUCCCAUUGGACUCCUGGUUGGCAAUUUUGCACAUUCAUACAAGACAAAAUUUUUAAUGAAGUGAUUGUAUUUUGUACAUGAUGGAUGGCAACAUCUGCUGAGACCUGUCUCCCUUUCUUGAGGGGUGAAUAAGCACCAAUUCAAGGAAGACUCAGGAGUUAGAAAGGCUCUGGCUUGUCUGGUUAGAACGAGCUCCUGACAUCAGAUGGCCCUGGCUGCCGGGGGAGGUCAGUCUUGUGGACACUGUUCCUGAGGGAGGUCAUGCCUUAAUGACACCCCCACCCAGAUACUGUCUUAUGCAGAACAGAGAACCGCAUUUAAUACUGUUCAGUGCUUAGUGUUCUUUAUUUAUUACUUACUGCUCACUCGUAAUGACCUUAUGGGGAAACAUGAUUCAGUCCCUUAUUCAGUCAUGGUGAUGGGGUAUUCACUGAGGAAGCAGGAAGCAGUCAAACCAAAGCUGGUGCCCUUUUAGAAUUAGAUGGACUCUGGACAUUUGAACUUCUUCACUUUACUGAAAAGGAAGAGUCCCAGGGAGAGAAAACUAUUGCUGCAUACUGUAACAUCGACGCUCAAGGACCUCAUGGGCUAGAUGAAAAGAUGCUCUUAAGCUUUGGGAGUUAAAACAGAUACAUUUUAAUAAAUAUAUAUUUUUGAACAGGCUGUGACUAUUGGUCUGUUUCUCCUUAUUCCAACAGUUAACCCUUAUCAGGACUGCAGGACUGGGGGGGUGCAAAUGGAACUGGAGGCACACUGUGAUGGAGGCCUGAGCCUGUCUGUUGAAGUCAACAGUUCUGUGCUCAGAGAAACUGAGGCUGAAACACUGUGUCUACAGGUAGGCACCCCAAGAUGCCAACCUACCAUUCUCUGUUCACGUAACAAGCAUCUGUCAGUGCUCACUUAAUAAGACCCAGUAAUAAAAGACACAAGCAGCUGUGUUGUCAUGGAUAUUCGCACCUGUGCUCUGUGGGGGAAGAAGCACAAAUACGACUCCUUUUCUGUGGAGUGUGUGACGCCUCUAGGACUGCCUGGCACAUUCUCAGGCAUGCAGGGAACUGGAGAGCUGUCUGGGCAACAACAGGUGAAAGGUUCAGCAGAGGCUCAGUCAUCUGUCAUCAAGUCCUGACCUCAGUUUUUUCCCGGUGUACUGCUGCAGUGGGCACCUUCACGGGUAGUGGGUCAACUCCUCAGUCUGACAGUCCUGAAAUGUGCCUUUCACAGCAGAGAGAGGCCUAAAAUAUUUUUUAAAGUCUGGGCUACAGAAAG